CAGCCAUAAAGUUUACGAGCUCGUGAACUCGUAAGUAUAUAUUUUAAGUAUUUCGAGAUGCGCAUCGUUCAAUGUUCCCACCAACAUUAGUAGCACAUGCAUGUAACAUGAUGAUGAUGAAUUUUUAGUUAGUUAAAUAGUCAAACUCGGUCCUUCAUUCACUUAUUCCAUUUCGUGUUUUAUUCCAUUCCACAGGUACACACCUAAAAAGUACACAGGUAGUCAUGGCGCGUAUAAAGCAGGCUAAGCCAGUUGAGCGCCAACCAUCGACCGAAUACAUUACGCGCCAGGAUCAAAAGUCGACGCCUUCUAAGAGGAGGGACGAGAUGGUGUCACAGUCCAAUGGAGUCGCUGAAAAGGCGACAGCGACAUCAGCGAAGAAGGAAGCGGGCGUCACGCAAUUGGUGAUUGCCGUCGCUGGUAUUUACGGGUCCUUUUUGACCUGGGCAUACCUACAAGAGAAGCUCACGACGACGCCGCACGGCCCGGUUGGCGCAGCCGAGGUCUUCAAGUAUCCCGUUUUCCUCAACACCAUCCAGUCGCUAUUUGCCGCGGCCACCGGCGCCGUCUACCUCUACUUCAGCACCCCCGCCGGCCGUGCCGUGCCCCCCAUCAUCCCCUCGCGCCGCAUCUUAGCGCCGCUGCUCCUCGUCGCGCUGACGAGCUCCCUCGCCUCCCCCUUCGGCUACGCGAGUCUCGCCCACAUCGACUACAUCACCUUCCUGCUCGCCAAGAGCUGCAAGCUGCUGCCCGUCAUGUUCCUGCACAUCACCGUCUUCCGCCGGCGCUACCCGCUGUACAAGUACCUCGUGGUCGCGGCCGUCACCGCUGGCGUCGCCGUCUUCACCCUGCAUUCGGGGAAGGCUAGGAAGAGCAGCAGCGGUAACGGCAAUAGCACGUGGGGCCUGCUGCUGCUGGGCGUCAACCUGCUGUUCGACGGCCUGACCAACAGCACCCAGGACUACAUCUUCGGCGCCUUCCAGCCCUACACCGGCCCCCAGAUGAUGUGCGCCAACAACCUGAUGAGCACCGCCGUCACCGCCGCCUACCUCGUCCUGAGCCCCUGGCUCGUGCACACGGGCGUGGGCGAGUGGCUCGGCAUGGACGUCGCGGGCAGCGCUGGCGAGCUCGAGGCAGCGCUGGGCUUCAUGGCGAGGCACCCGAGCGUUUGGGCGGAUGUGCUGGGGUUCGCGGCGUGCGGUGCGGUUGGGCAGGUCUUUAUCUUCUACACCCUCGCGACCUUCUCCUCCGUCCUCCUCGUCACCGUCACCGUCACCCGCAAGAUGUUCACCAUGAUCCUCUCCGUCGUCGCCUUCGGCCACCGCCUCACCCGCAUGCAGGUCCUCGGCGUCGGCCUCGUCUUCGGCGGCAUCGGCGUCGAGGCCGCCAUCGCCCGCCAGGAGAAGCUGGCGAAGGAGGCGGCUAAGAAGCGGGCUGGAGGUGGGGAGAAGAAGGAGCUAUGAUUGUUUUUUUGCGUUUGCUGCUCUUGCUUCUACAUACUCUUAUUUAACACCCCCCCCCCCCCCCCCCCCC